AUGAAGCAGUUUUUAUUGCCGUUCGUGUGCCAUCUGAUUUUAUCUGGACUAUUGCAAGAAGUUGCGUGUUCAGGUGCGGGCUUAAAAUGGGUCCGCGUGAACGUGCCCCAGUACCGUGUGCCAGGGGAGACAGCGAUGCUGCAGUGCGACUACGACCUGGGUAAUGACACCCUGUAUGCGGUCAAGUGGUAUAAGGAACACGAGGAGUUUUACAGAUUCGUUCCCAAGGCGCGUCCGCAAGCAAACUGGUACAAAGUCGAAGGAGUCCACGUUGAUAUGUCUAAGUCAGACAGUAGAAAAGUGGUUCUUCAUCCUGUCAGUUGGAAGACGAGCGGCCUCUUUAGAUGCGAGGUGUCAGCGGAAGCUCCCUCUUUUGCAUCUGCCCAGAGCGAGUCGAGGAUGGAAGUUGUGUCGGAACAGCAGCUGGAUAAAACGUACCAACCGGGCCGAUCCUCAACAGGAUUAAAGAAGUUGGGUCGAGGUUCUACAGAAUUCGACGCUUCGAGUGAGCGAAGCAAACGUCGAAAAACAGAGAAUCUGCGUGCAUCACACAGUACAUCGGAGUUGGCAUACGCAACACAAAUGAGUCUUCGUGCAUCCGGCGCCCCUCAGGCUUCAAGUGUUCUGAAAGAUAUAACUACUAAAUCUCCUAUGCGAGCUUCUAGGUAUCAAGCGGCUCUCAAAGCGUCUCAAAAACCACCCACGUGCGAGAUACCCGCCGAUCUUGCUUUAAAUUUGAUCAUCUCAGGUAAAAUGACGAAAGAAACCUACAAAUUAAUGAGAAAUUUGACAAACACGAACUGCGGUACGUUAGUUUAUCCAUCGUACAAUAAAAUCUUAGCUGCUAAACGUCGCUGUUACCCUGACCGAUCUGCUAUGACUGUAACAGAAACAAGCGCUGAAGUAAAGUUGCAAGCUCUGCUAGAUCACAUUUCCGAAAGGCUUUUGCAAGUGACAUUUGAAGAUAUAAACAAAUUACAUCCGACAUAUUCUGAAAAAAUGCAGUUAAUUUUAAAGUGGGGGUGUGAUGGUUCCACGGGUCAAGAAUACAAACAAAAGUUUAGUGAUAAAGACAGCAGUGACGCCAAUAUCUUUUUUACUUCAACUGUUCCAUUGCAGCUCUCUGUUGUCAAUGAAAAUCAUGAAAACAUUGUUGUUUGGCAAAAUCCAAGGCCUUCCUCAUCGCGAUUUUGUAGACCGAUUAGGUUACAAUUUCUUAAAGAAAGUGUUAAAAGUACUCGCGAAGAGCAAAAAUACAUUGAACAGCAAAUUCGUUCUCUUUUGCCAUUCUAUAAUGUUCAUGGAAAAAAAAUUAAAAUAGAAUAUAAACUGGUUUUCACAAUGAUUGAUGGAAAAAUUAAAAAUGCAAUCACAGAAACAGACUCUUCAAUGCGAUGUUACAUUUGCAAAGCGACAUCAAAGCAAUUUAAUGAUAUAAACCUAGUUUUAAAACAAAAAGUCGUUACUGAGAAUCUAUGUUUUGGUAUAUCAUCGUUGCAUGCAUGGAUUCGGUGUAUGGAGUGGUUUCUUCACUUAGCAUACAAAUGCGGUGAUGAAACCGAAAAAAAGUGGCAGGCUCGUACUGCAGAACAGAAACAAAAGGUAGCUGCUCGUAAGCAAAAAAUUCAAAACGAUUUCAAGCAAUUGUACGGUUUGCGAAUCGAUAUCCCGAAAGCUGGGUCCGGUACAACUAAUGACGGGAACACAGCUAGGCGAUUUUUUGAAGAUGUUUCGUCAACUGCAAGAAUUUUGGGGGUGGACGAGGAAUUAAUAGCAAAAAGCAAGGUACUGUUGCAGGCAAUUUCAAGUGGGUUUGGAAUAGAUACAGAGAAAUUCAAAGUAUACUGCUUAAAUCUUGCAAAACGCUCUUCCGCAGGAAGAUCCGACAAUUACGGGAGUGAUGCUUCAGUAUCAGAUAGGAGACGUGAUCAAUUUAAACUGCACUUCGGGCAGGAGCCAUCCGGCCUCGAUACUACAUUGGUACAUCAACGAACAACAGAUUCAGACCCCAGAAGCUUUGAUUCAGUACCCACCAAGUCACCACAAGCAGGGCCUGGUUUCAUCGACACUGGGUCUUCGGUUUACGCUGAGCAGUCGUCACUUCCUGGGGGGCUCGAUGAAGGUAAAAUGCGUGGCAUCGGUGGCGCCGGUACUAUUGAGGGGGGACAGGGAUGUGGUGCAGAACCUGCCCAUCAAGGAAAUGCGAGAGGCGCUUCUACUUGGUGA